AUGAAAAGCAGUGGUGGGGCAGGUGAUAUAGAUCCACAGGAACUUCGUGGUUAUCGUCGACUGAACGGUUACCAGUUGUUUGUUAUGGUCAAUAAGAAAAAACACGAAUCGGCGCUGACCACAAAUGUGGGUGAUGAUGCCGUGGACCCGGUCGAUACACAGCGUGAUUUACACCGGAAAUGGCAGGCCAUUUGGUUCACUCUUCCGGAGAAGACACGUAAGGAAUGGAAGACGAAGGCUAGGCGUUUGAUGAAGCAAACAGGUCAAAUGCAUCACUCGGGUUCACAAUCCUCCCACGGGGGUAGGCGAUCCGGCUGGUCCAAAGACCGUUUCAAGGCAGAGAUACGGAAGAUAGAAAAUCAACUGGCCCGUUCUGAUUCUGUCUCCACUACACUCUCCGAAUAUGCGGCAUACUUCCAGUUGCUUUCUGAUUCUUUUGCAACGGCUGCUCGCAACCUCAACACUUAUGACGGGUUCACAUUUUACGGUCCAUGGAGUUUACACUGCAAUCGCCGUAAUAACCGCAUUAGCACUAGGCCAAUUGAACUGUUCACCAAAAUAAUUUGCCCAGCGAUCAAUUCGUUCUUUAUUGUGGAUGCUCUGCCCAGUUUUAUCGCCAAUGUUCUCACUGACCGGUAUUCGACUACCUCCUGUGCUUUGUAUCAUGGGAACAGUCUGACUAUUCCCUGA